CAGGAGGCUUUCUUAGCGUGUGAGACCUACACAGGAGCCUGUGCCCCCCAGAAUGAAGGUCUUCCUGCCCGUACUGCUGGCGGCCCUUCUGGGUGUGGAACAAGCCCACUCCCUGGUGUGCUUCUCUUGCACGAAUCAGAACAGCAACUUCUACUGCCUGAAGCCCACCAUCUGCUCUGACUCUGACAACUACUGCGUGACCAUAUCUGCCGCUGCUGGCGUCGGGAACAUUGUGGAUUUUGGCCACAGCCUGAACAAGGGCUGCUCCCCAGUCUGCCCUGCGCCCCCCAGCAUCAACAUCGGUGUGGCAUCCAUGGGCACCCACUGCUGCCAGAGCUUCCUGUGCAACAUCAGCGCAGCUGAUGGCGGGCUGCGGGCCAGCACCACCGUGCUUGGCCUCGGGCUCCUGCUCAGCCUGCUGUCAGCUCUGCUGCGGCUCUGCCCCUGACCACCUGGACCCUGUGCCGGGCCCUGACUCCCACAGCUCAGGAAGGAAAGCCCAGCCCCAGCCAGACCCCUCGACUCCUCACCCUGCCUGAUCCCACCCCCUCGGCCUCAGUCCCCACCAUCAGGCCUGUCCCCUGCACCUACACCUGCCCCCAGAGGGGCCAGCUGCCCUCACUUCCAGAGUCAAUGAUGUGACCUUCCUCAAAUUAGGGUCCUCCUGGAGCCUGUGGGUCCAGCAGUCAUAGCUGCAUCACUGGGACACACUGGGAGGGGUACCUAAGCCCCAGGCCGUGUCCCCAUCCAGGCCCUGCCCAUCCUAGACAGUGGCUUGGAAGGGGGAACAUGCUGUGGGUGUGGACACCCAGCUGUAUGGACAGGUAUGUCUGUAUAGCCCUUUUGGCCGUGCUUGGGGGAUGGGUGAGGGUAAGCAGCCCUAGAGCCCUGAGCUCCAGCACCAGAGCCCGGUCUUAUGCAUUUCUGUACUUCACUUUCCACUCACUUCAAUAGCCGCCUCCAGGUCUCCACUGUGGACCUGGGAAUCAGCUCCCACCCCCAAUCCAGCAGUAGCACCC